ACUGACAACAAACCUAAACAUGAGGAGGUCAUGCAUCUUCAUCGCCUCUCUGGUGCUUGUCGCUUUCUGCUCAGUUGUUGGAAGUGAUUGGUCCCAAUGGUCACAGGGUCCUGAAAAGUGCUGCUUUUCUUUUACCAAUGCAAGAAUUCCAUUAAAGCAGAUUGAGAGUUAUUAUACUACGCAUCUUCAGUGCAACAUGAAUGCUGUUAUUUUCAUCAUAAGGGCUCAAAGGGAGAUCUGCACUAAUCCAACUGAGAAAUGGGUUCGGAGACUGAUGAAGAUGGUGGACAAUCAAAACAUGAAGCAGAUGACAGAGGCUGGCUCUGUGGACAGCGCCUAAGAUGAGAACGCUCUUCUUUUUUCUGAAUA